GCCCUCUUCUCUUCUGUUAGUAUAAAAACAAACAAGUAGAAGAACAAGAGUCGGAACCCCAAAAAAAUCGAAGAGUUCAGCUUAUGUGAUUAUGUGAACAACCAACCGAGAGUGAGAACCUAGAAACAGAAGAACAUCAAUGGGAAUUGGGGACGAGAAGAAGACGGAGAAAACGAUGGACACAGUAGCCGUAUCCAACGAAUGGCUGGAGGGGCUGACCAGAGCUCCACAUGGUCAACUGGAAGGGCUGACCAUGGACGGACUCAAGAUUGUGGAGUCCAGCAAAGGAUUCAUCCGUUGUCACUUCACCGUCCCCGAUCGCAUCACCGACGGAGAUGGGAAUUGGCACGUCGGAGCGAUGGCGACGAUGAUCGACGAUGUGGGUGCGGCUGCGAUUUUCUCAUUGGUCGGCCAUGUCAAAGCUUCCCUCGAUUUCACCAUCUCUUUCCUCUCUACUGCUAAAUCUGAGGAAAAAAUGGAGUUAGAAGCAAAGGUUGUGGGGGAGAAGGAAAGGUUGGCUUCAGUGGUGAUAGAGGUUCGUCGGAGGAGCAAUGGAGAGCUCAUUGCCUUGGGGAAGCAAUGGAUGGCUGCCCAUAAUAAACAUGUAGAUAGAUCAAGUAAACUUUGAUCAUCGUUAGAAUUGUAUCACACUGUUCAAUCUUGUCACUCAUAUUCGCCCCGUGGUCGGUAGGGUGAAGGCUGAUCGACCUAUAUCGUAUGUAAUUUAAAAAAUCUAUAUAUAUUUGGAACAUUGAUUAUUAUUUUUUAUGAAUCAUUGGGUUUCAUUCAUCAAAAGGUG